AUGAGCGCUGAGAAAAAUAUUCGCUUCGAAGGAUUUGUUAAAGCAUAUCGACUAUUUCGAAACAACAAACUGGCAGAAGCUGAGGCAGUUUGUACCGAAUUAUUGAGGAAAAAUCCAUUGGAUCAGGCGACAUGGGCUCUUAAGUUACAAUGCCUUUCGGAUGCGACGUACGUCGAUGAGCUCGAAAACGAAGACGUCGGAUUGGCCGAGGCGUUUCUGGAUCAGAAUGUGAUUGCGACGAAUACUCGUCCGGGCACGAGUUUCCAACGCCCGACGACUACCGCUAAAGGGAUGAAUCCGAUAAUGAGGCCAACGACAAAUGCCGGAAGACCGCUUUCCGGAAUAGUAAGGCCGCAAACCAUGAGACAAGGAACCAUGGAACAAGCUAUAAGAACUGCCAGAACAGCGAAAACCGCACGAGCUGUUAGCAGUACUUCUGCUCGAAAUAUGCGACUUGGAACGGCUUCAAUGGCCGCUGGAGCUGAUGGUGAAUUUGUGAAUCUCGCGAGGCUCAACAUCGAAAAAUACGCUUCUGAUAAACAAGUCAAUCGACAAUUGUUUGAAUAUGUCUUCUAUUUUGUUGGUGAUAUCAAGGUGGCUCAUCAGAUUGCUGGAUGCGCAACAAGAGCCGCUGAAUACGAAGAUUAUUAUUGGAAGAAUCAACUAGCCAAAUGCUAUUAUAGGCUUGGAAUGCUUCCUGACGCCGAGAAACAACUUCUUUCCUCAGCGAAACAAAUGUACGUGGUUGAGACAUUUGCGUUCCUCGGAAAAGUCUACAACCGAAUGGAUCAGCCAGUGGCGGCGCUCAAGAGUUACUCGGAAGGAUUGUCGCAAUUCGAGCACGACGUCACACUGCUAACCGGAAUGGCGAGAGUGAAAGAGUUGCUCGGAGAAUACGACGACUCGAUCAAUAUCUAUAAGAAGGUUCUGGAAGUUCAAGCGAAUAAUAUUGAAGCGAUCGCAUGUGUCGCAACAACGCAUUAUUAUUCUGGAAAACCCGAAAUUGCUUUGAGAUAUUAUAGAAGAAUUCUUCAAAUGGGCGUUUCCUCGGCGGAAUUGUUCAUGAAUAUCGGACUUUGUUGCCUUGCAGCUCAACAAUUCGAUUUUGCUCUUUCCUCGAUUAUGAGAGCACAAGCUACAAUGACUGAAGAUGUUGGGGCAGACAUUUGGUAUAAUAUUGGGCAUGUAAUGGUUGAAGUCGGCGAUUUGAGAUAUGCAGCGAGAGCUUAUCGCAUCGCGUUGUCUAUGGACCCAGAUCAUUGCGAAUCGCUCGUUAAUUUGGGAAUUCUCAAACACCAAGAUGGUAAAAUUGACGAAGCGCGAUCGUUAUAUCAGGCGGCAGUUUCGAAAAACCCGCAAAUGUUCGAGGCAAAUUUCAACUUAGGAAUGGUCUCGUAUCAACAAGGAAAAUAUGACGAUUGUCGGAGGCUCAUCACAAAAGCUCUUGAGGUGUUCCCUGAACAUGAGCAUUGCCUUAAAAUUCUUAAAAUGAUCAAAUCGAUCCAAUUAACGCUGAUUCCGCAUUUCGCAAUGGAUAGUGUCCAGAAUAGUCUUGAAUGGAAUUUAUCGUGCACUAAAACGUACGUGCAAUGGAUUGUUCAUCACAAUGAUUCUUUUGAACAGACAAUAUUUGAGUUCAAAAUUUCUCGUCAACAGAAUUCAUUCACUCGAAUGCCAAUUGUCUGCAUAUUUCUCGCAAAUCUAAUUCAAAUUUUUGCAAAAUUUCCAGUUUUCAAAAUGGAAUCGAAUGAUCUUAUGUGUUUCUUUCCAAUCAUUCAACUGAUUAUUGGUUUGAUCUCGUCUUUUUCAACUCCGCAUUCGAUAUAUUUAACAACCUUUGAAUCUCGUCUUCUUGCCUUCAUCAUUUUAUCUGUAAUAAUUGAAUUGUCGCAACAACUUCUACCGUUCUUCGUAUUUUAUUUGAGAUGUUGUCCAAUGGAAUCCGAUCCGAAUCCACCAAAAUAUCCAUCUCCCGGUGUGCAAUUCAGCUUAGAUACUGAGAGAUCAAAAUGUCACGCAGCAUUGGAUUCAGCUAGAAUUGAUAGCGUGAGAAGCCCUCGAAUUGCAAACUUCGAUAUGUGUAUGGCAGAAUUGAAAUUCACAAUGAGUCUUCUCGAGGAGACAAUCAAUCAACACUCAUCAGCAGAAUGGAGGCAGAGGCUUUGGAGGAAUUCGUAUCAUCGGAUUCAAACCGCCAUGCUUCUUAUAUUCAAUAUUUUGAACAUUUCCAUGCUACUCACAUUCCUCAAAUGA